AUGAAGUACUUUAAAUUAAAAGAACAUAUCUUGGAUUUGAUUUUUUGGGUAUUUUGGUACGUUAAUAAAAUAAAUGAUAUUAAGAUUAAUGUUAUGUAUUCUAAAGAAUUUAAUUCUAAAAAUAACAUAUUUUUUGUUUUAAGAAGUUUAAAAUAUGUUAAUAUUGAAAGCAACAAAAUGUGUUAUUUUAAAGCUUUAACACGAUCUGAUUUUGUCGAAGUUAUGAAAAAUCUCGAUUUAAAAUGUUAUGGAUGA